AGCCAGGCACAAUCAAGUAUUUGCUCAGCAUCCAGGCACCACAAAGUCAGCCAUUCAGGAAAAAAUCCACUUUUCAGAUCAUUUCGCAUAGACUCCUGCCUUAUUUUGCCUAUGACUCAGCUUGGAAAAUACGUCAACAACAAAGCAGCCAGCGCAGUUGUCUCAGUGGUAGGGGGCAUGUGAAUUCAACAUAUUUUAGUGAAGAAAGUAAUUGAACAUGAUCUCCUUCUGAGAAUACAGAGUUGAAAGUUGCACCCCUCCUAGAUCUAUCUCCUCAAGAUCUGUCUCUUGGAAAUUGAAAAUGGACCUUCGAAAAUCCUAGGUUUACAAUGAGAAAUGUCAUAAUUCAAUGUUUAUUCUAUGGAUCCUUGACAUUUGGGAUCUGGACAGCUCUGUUAUCUAUAUAUUUUCACCGUAAUCAUGUGAGCAAACAGCAGAAGAAAAUACAAAAGCCUUCACCAAUUUGGUCUCUUGAAAAAAAAUUGCAACAAGAAAUUAACCAUGGCCCAAAGCCAAUACCAAGACCGCCUGUAAGAGUUGAAAGGCCUACCAAAGAGGAAAUUAAAGAACAGAGGCCAUUUUUAAAAUUAGGUAAGGAUUUUAACUUUUCAGACCCAGAAGUUUUUCAUGGAUUUUCAAAAUAUGGAUUUAAUACCAUUAUCAGUAAAAUCUUGGGCAACGAGAGAGAUGUGCCAGAUACUAGGAAUAAAAUGUGUCUUCAAAAAUAUUACCCAACCAGUCUGCCUACUGCCAGCAUUGUCAUUUGCUUCCACAAUGAAGAAUUUAAUGCCUUGUUUCGGACAGUGUCCAGUAUCAUGAACCUCACUCCACACCAUCUCCUUGAAGAAAUUAUUUUGGUAGAUGACAUGAGCGAAUUUGAUGAUCUGAAAGAAAAACUAGACUAUCACCUGGAAUUUUUUCGGGGGAAGAUUAAAUUAAUAAGAAACAAAAAGCAAGAGGGACUGAUUCGAGCAAGGCUGAUUGGAGCAUCUCGUGCUUCAGGGGAUGUUCUGGUGUUCCUGGAUAGCCACUGCGAGGUGAAUAAAGUAUGGCUGGAGCCCUUGCUGUACGCCAUCGCCAAGGACCCCAAAAUGGCAGUGUGUCCUCUGAUAGAUGUCAUUGAUUACAUGACCCUGGAGUACCAGCCCUCUCCUGUAGUAAGGGGAGCUUUCAACUGGCAUCUACAAUUUAAAUGGGAUAAUGUUUUCUCUUAUGAGAUGGAUGGACCAGAAGGACCCACUAGACCCAUCCGGUCCCCUGCAAUGGCUGGCGGAAUUUUUGCUAUAAAUAGGCAUUAUUUUAAUGAGAUUGGACAGUACGACAAGGGCAUGAAUCUCUGGGGAGGAGAAAAUUUGGAACUUUCACUGAGGAUCUGGAUGUGUGGAGGCCAGCUCUUUAUACUUCCCUGCUCUCGAGUGGGACAUAUUGAUAAGCAACGUGUUGCAAAACAACCUGAAGUUACAAAAGCCAUGAUAUAUAACAGUCUCAGAAUGGUGCACGUUUGGCUGGAUGAAUACAAGGAGCAGGUUUUUUUACGAAGACCUGGUCUGAAAUCUGUUGCCUAUGGAAACAUUACUGAGCGUGUUGAAUUAAGGAAACGAUUGGGUUGCAAGUCAUUUCAGUGGUAUUUGGAUAAUAUCUUCCCGGAAUUGGAGACAUCUAAGGGCAGCUAAUGAAAGGAAAACAAACCAUUUUCACUAAUAAAGGGUUAAAAAGUCCCUUAGUCCUUCAACAUAGAGAAGAAUGCAAGUUUGGAACUUCGUGAAAUGCAAUAAGAAAUACAACCAAAGUGGUCUACAACAGGAGUGCCUUUUCUUUCCUCCUUUAAUAAUAGCUCUUAAUACUUUGUUACUUGUCUGCCAGUAAAUUUCUGGGGUGGCAAGACCUUGAACAUUAGAAAUAUACGCUGUCACACAGUUAAGACUCUAUCAUACAGUUGAUUGAGGUAAAGUGUAUUAUCUCCAGUUAUUUGCCAAACUCACUUGGUUCUGGUAGACCAUAGGCACUGCUCCACUCUUGGGGCCUUUGCCAACUCCAUGCCUACUCCAGUCAAAUGACAUGG